AUGUACAACCGCCAUUACACCGGACUGCGACUACCAGUAUUAGCGGAAACUAAAACUAAAAAUGUUUUGGUCGCUGAUAAACGUGAAGAAAAUGAGAGAAAAAGUCGCUAUCUACCUGCGAAAUAUGGGACCGUAUUGCGUUCCCAAGCUUUCGUGUAUUUUUUAUUCAAAAGCUCGUUGCUUUUGUGUUUUGUGUUUUUAUCACCUAAAGAUAAAAACAAUGUAGCUUUUGGAAAGCCAGCGGCAAUGUCCACUUUAUUUCAUAAUGGACAAAACCAAGCCUGUCAUGGAGUAGAUGGUGAUAUGAAGACCCUUCCUCAUGAUGGACAGGAUACACCGAAAUGGUGGUGUGUGGACCUUCAACAAAUAUACAAUUUCAAGGAAGUUAAGAUCUAUAACUUUGCACCAAGUGAAUAUAAAAACAAUGUAGCUUUUGGAAAGCCAGCGGCAAUGUCCAGUUUAUAUGAUAAAGGACAAUACCCAGCCUGUCAUGGAGUAGAUGGUGAUGUCAAGACCCUUUCUCAUGAUGGACAGCGCACCCCGAAAUGGUGGUGUGUGGACCUUCAACAAAUAUAUAAUUUCAAGGAAGUUAAGAUCUACAACUUUGCACCAGGUGAAUGGGGAAAAAGACAACUGCAGUAUUUUACUAUGAAGUUGAGUAAUCACGGACUGUGUGAUGACGAGGGAUUUAAUAACUCUGAAGUUUGCUACCAGGAUAAUCUGCCCGAUGCCCAGUUCAUAUAUAACAUUACUCACUGUACUUCAUCUUUACCUUUCAUUUCUCGCUUUAUUUAUCUUACUGUUCACAGCACCAGUAUAUACCUUCAUUUCUUAGAGAUGGUGGUCAGUGCUCUUUAA